CUAGUGCUUAUGUGCGCUGCACAUGCUAGCAGGAUUUUCUUUCUUUGCUUUUCUAAGCCGCUGCCUGCGCUAUCCCGGGCAGGUCAGGCUCAUUUUACCUCCAUACAGGUGUUGUUGCGCGUUUUGUCUUUUGUGUGUUGUGUUAUAGCUGAACGUAUCCCCAACAUUUAGUCUCGGUGUAAGAAGCGGUAAGCAUUAGCGUGCCCCCCCUCCUCUCUCGCCCACAUGGUACGCGCCGGUGCUGGGCUGUGGGGGCCCGCUUGUCAUUCUCCAGCAUUCACACUAAACCUCCUCCCUGCUCUUUCUCCCCCAUUCACGGCGCUCAGUCAUGUGUGGACGGAUAGUGCCGUGAGUGCUGGAGCUUCUGAGGCUUUUCCUCUGCGGUCUAAGCUGAAAAGAAAACAACCUGACCACUCGUCUCUCGGUCUUCGCCGUUUUUUCUGAGAUGUGGCUAACGCGCCCUGGACAUUUUCACCUCACGUUCUGCUGAUGUUUUUUUCCUCUAACGGGAGAUGAUAAGAAAGACGCCGUGAGAACAAACAACAACACACGGCACGUUGCUUACCUUUACUGCUCUGCUGCAUCUUCCAACAGCGAGGCGUUUUGUUUCUCUGCUUUAGCCCAGCCGGACGGACAGGCUCGCAUGUUUCUUCAGAAUGAAUCAGAGGGACUGAACUGGCUCCUUCGCUUUUGAUGUGGAGAACUAAGACGUGCUGAUCAUGGAAGUGAAGGAACGCAGACCGUAUCGCUCUCUGACGGCGCGGCGGGACACAGAGCGUCGCUACACCAGCUCAUCUGCCGACAGUGAGGACGGCAAACUCAACCCCAAAUCUUACAGCUCCAGCGAGACCCUCAAGGCCUUUGACCAAGACCCCCGCAUGACCUACAGUGGGCGUGCCAAAGAGGUAGUGCAUCAUGAAGUGGAUGAGUUCGGCAGGCAAGGAACUGAUUUCUCUCUCCGUGAUCUGGCCUUUGGAGACCCCGUGGCUCCUCAUGUGGCAGCGUACCGUCCAGACUUGGGGAUGCCCCACCGCGAUUACUCGGUCAGCGUGGGCUCGGACGCAGACACAGAGACAGACGGAAUAGUGUCCCCCGAACAUGCGGUGCGGCUCUGGGGCCGCAGCAACACCAAGUCUGGCCGCAGCUCCUGCCUGUCCAGCAGAGCCAACUCCAACCUGACCCUGACGGACACCGAGCAUGAAAACACAGAAAAUGGUCCUCCUCUACAUUGCUCAUCUGCCUCCUCCUCCUCCCCUGUCGAGUCCCCAUACCCUCCCCCUUCCCAUGCAGCCAAUGAGAGCCAGGGAAGGUUGCUAGGUAACAGUGGGGCUCAGCCUGGCCAGGAUUCUGAGUCAGAAGAUGAGUUUGGCCCCAGUUCAUUCUUAGUUAAAACUGGCUCAGGGAACGUCUAUGCUCCUGCCACUGCAACUGCUGACGACGGUUCCUUCCAGAACCAUUCAAGGCUGCGGACUCCUCCACUCCCCCUAUCCCACUCGCACUCCCCCAGUCAGCACCAUGCAGCCUCUGUGGGCUCUCUAAGCCGAAGUAACUACACCCCGCGCAGCAACGCCAGCCCUGCGCCCACCGACAGCACGGCCGCUCCAGAGGGACCGUCUAGCGCACAGGACUCUGCCAGUGUGCAAGACAACUGGCUCCUCAACAGUAAUAUCCCCCUGGAGACCAGGAGCCAGAAUACUCUAAUGUUUAUCAGAGGGGAGCAGGACUCUUGCAGAGAAGGGCAAGGGUCGUACAAUACAAGAAACAUAGCAAAGCAGACAUUCCUAGAGACUUUACAGGACAACCUUAUAGAGAUGGACAUACUGGCCACAGCUCGCCGCGACGAUGCUUACACUGACGGACAUUUUCUGUUCAAGCCUGGAGGGACGUCGCCACUGUACUGCACAACGUCACCCGGUUACCCUCUGACCUCCAGCACGGUGUACUCGCCCCCACCACGGCCGCUGCCCCGUACCACCUUCUCCCGGCCCGCCUUCAGCCUAAAGAAGCCCUACAAGCACUUCAACUGGAAAUGUGCUGCCCUCAGUGCCAUCCUCAUCUCAGUCACCCUGGUGUUUCUGCUGGCAUACUUCAUCGCCAUGCACCUGUUUGGGUUGAACUGGCACUUGCAGCCCAUGCAGAGGCAGAUGUACCAGCUCGCAGAAGACAACACCAGUGGCCUGUCCUUACCUACAGACCUGGGCCUGCCCCCUCUGGGCAACACUGGUCUGGAGCUUCCAGACCGAAGGGGCAAAGACGAUGGCAAACUGGACAGCUUUUUCCCGGAUGACAGCUUCAUAGACAUGGGUGAGAUAGACGUGGGUCGCAAGGUCUCGCAGCAGAUACCGCCUGGAAUCUUCUGGAGGUCGCAGGUCUUCAUCGACCACCCGAUGUACCUCAAGUUCAAUGUGUCCCUUAGUAAAGAUGCCUUGGUGGGAAUCUAUGGAAGAAGAGGACUUCCACCCUCACACACACAGUUUGACUUUGUGGAGUUGCUGGAUGGCCGGCGGCUUCUGGCUCAGGGGGUUCAGGGUCUAGAGGGACCGCCAGCUCUGACCCAGCCACGGAGCCUCAUGCCCCUCAACAGCCAUGACACAGGCUUCAUCCAGUACAUGGACUCAGGCAUCUGGCACCUGGCAGUGUACAAUGAUGGGAAGGAGACGGAGCAAGUGUCCUUCCUAACAACGGCUAUAGACUCGAUUGAUGACUGUCCCAGUAACUGUUUCGGUAAUGGAGACUGCAUAGCUGGAACCUGCCAUUGUUUCCUGGGAUUUAGAGGACCAGACUGCGGCAGAGCUUCCUGUCCAGUGCUUUGCAGCGGCAAUGGUCAGUAUCUAAAAGGCCGCUGCAUGUGCCACAGUGGUUGGAAAGGGUCUGAAUGCGAUGUUCCUACCAACCAGUGUAUCGACGUGACCUGUAGUGGACACGGGACGUGCAUAGUGGGAACCUGCAUAUGCAACCCUGGCUACAAGGGAGAAAACUGUGAGGAAGUGGACUGUCUGGACCCCACUUGCUCCGGGCGAGGUGUCUGUGUUCGGGGUGAGUGCCACUGUUUCGUGGGCUGGGGGGGUCCUGGGUGUGAGAGCCCCCGCGCUUCCUGCAUGGACCAAUGCUCAGGCCAUGGGGCCUUCCUGGCUGACACAGGAACCUGCAGCUGUGACCCCAACUGGACCGGCCAUGACUGCUCCACAGAGCUUUGUGCGGCGGACUGUGGCGGUCAUGGCGUCUGCGUGGCGGGCGGCUGCCGCUGUGAGGAGGGCUGGACAGGCGCCGGUUGUGACCAGAGGGCGUGUCACCCGCGCUGCAGCGAACAUGGCACCUGCAAGGACGGCAAGUGCGAGUGCAGCCCAGGCUGGAACGGAGAACACUGCACCAUCGAGGGUUGCCCUGGUCUGUGUAACGGCAAUGGCAGGUGCACGCUGGGUAAUAAUGGCUGGUACUGCGUGUGCCAGCUGGGCUGGAGAGGAACAGGCUGUGACACCUCCAUGGAGACGGCAUGCAGCGACGCCAAGGACAACGACGGAGAUGGCCUGCUGGACUGCAUGGACCCAGACUGCUGCUUGCAGGCCUCGUGCCACACCACCUCUCUCUGUGUGGGCUCUCCGGACCCUCUGGACAUCAUCCAAGAGACGCAGAUCUCCUCCAGCCCGAGCAACCUGCAGUCCUUCUACCAGCGUGUGCGUUUCCUGGUGGGCCGAGAUAGCACCCACGUCAUCCCCGGGGCCAACCCCUUCGAGGGAAGUCACGCCUGCGUCAUCCGAGGACAAGUGGUGACCUCUGACGGGACGCCGCUGGUUGGAGUGAACAUCAGCUUCAUCAACAACCCAGCUUAUGGAUACACCAUCACCAGACAGGACGGCAGCUUUGACCUGGUCUCUAAUGGGGGUGUGGCCAUCGCUCUGCGCUUUGAGCGUGCUCCGUUCAUCACGCAGGAGCACACGCUGUGGCUGCCAUGGUCACGCUUCUUUGUUAUGGACACCAUCGUCAUGCGGCAUGAGGUCAACGAUAUCCCCAGCUGUGACCUCAGCAGCUUCACCCGGCCCAGUCCAGUCGUUCUGCCUGCUCCCCUGACCGCCUUUGCCGGGAACUGCCCUGAGAGGGGUGGCAUCAUCCCUGAGAUUCAGGCUCUACAGGAGGAAGUGCGUAUCCCAGGCACAGAGCUCCGCCUAGGCUAUCUGAGCAGCCGCACGGCCGGCUACAAAUCCCUGUUGAGGGUCACUUUGACGCACGCAGUCAUCCCAUUUAACCUGAUGAAGGUGCACUUGAUGGUGGCGGUAGAGGGCCGUCUUUUCAGGAAGUGGUUCUCAGCUGCUCCCAACCUCUCAUAUGAUUUCGUCUGGGACAAGACUGACGUCUACAGUCAGAAGGUGUACGGCCUGUCGGAGGCUUUCGUGUCUGUGGGCUUUGAGUACGAGUCAUGUCCUGACCUGAUCUUGUGGGAGAAGAGGACAGCCAUUCUGCAGGGUUACGAGACCGCUGCAUCCAAUCUGGGGGGCUGGAGCAUAGACCAACACCAUGCACUCAACAUACAAAGCGGCAUCCUUCACAAGGGCAAUGGCGAGAACGUCUUCAUUUCCCAGCAGCCCCCAGUCAUCGGGAGUAUCAUGGGCAAUGGGCGGCGGCGCAGUAUCUCCUGUCCAAGCUGUAAUGGCCUGGCUGAUGGAAAUAAGCUUUUAGCUCCAGUAGCUUUGGCCUGUGGCUCUGAUGGAAGCUUAUUUGUGGGUGACUUCAACUAUAUCCGUCGAAUCUUCACCACUGGGAAUGUCACCAGCGUUCUGGAGCUCAGUAACAGUCCUGCCCACAAGUACUACCUGGCCACUAGUCCAGUGUCUGGCGCUCUGUACCUGUCAGACACCAGCAGCAGGAAAGUGUUCAAGGUGAAGUCCCUGAACACAGUGAAGGAUGUGGCGAAGAACCUGGAGCUGGUAGCUGGGACAGGAGACCAGUGUCUGCCCUACGACGAGACCCGCUGUGGGGACGGAGGAAAGGCGGUGGAGGCCACUCUCACCAAUCCUAGAGGCAUCACAGUGGACAAGUAUGGCAUGAUCUUCUUUGUAGACGGCACCAUGAUCCGCCGCAUCGAUCAGAACGGAAUUAUCUCGACAUUGCUGGGAUUCAACGACUUGACCUCGGCACGACCCCUGAGCUGUGACUCGGUGAUGGACAUCUCGCAGGUGCGUCUGGAAUGGCCCACUGACCUAGCUGUGAGUCCAAUGGACAAUUCCCUGUAUGUGCUGGACAACAACGUGGUACUGCAGAUAUCGGAGAACCAUCAAGUGAGGAUAGUUGCCGGUCGGCCCAUGCACUGCCAGGUGCCUGGCCUAGACCACUUUUUGGUCAGCAAGGUUGCAAUCCACGCCACGCUGGAAUCCGCCACCGCCUUGGCCGUGUCCCACAACGGCAUCCUCUACAUUGCCGAAUCUGACGACAAGAAGAUCAACCGUGUGCGUCAGGUUUCGACCAAUGGUGAAAUCUCAUUGGUCGCAGGCGCCCCUAGUGGCUGCGACUGCAAGAAUGAUGCAAACUGUGACUGCUACUCAGGUGACGAUGGCUACGCCAAAGACGCAAAACUCAACUCUCCCUCCUCUCUGGCGGUCUCACCUAACGGUGAGCUCUUCAUUGCUGACCUUGGCAACAUUCGCAUCCGUUAUGUACGCCGAAACAAGCCUUAUCUUAACCCGCUCAACAUGUAUGAGGUGUCAUCACCUAUUGAUGAUGAACUCUACCUGUUUGAUGCCAAUGGAAGCCACAUCUACACCCAGAGUCUGACCACUGGUGACUACCUGUACAACCUGACCUAUUCUGGAGAGGGUGACCUGAGCACUGUCACAGACAAGAACAAGAACAAAGUGACCAUUCGCAGGGACACUACAGGGCUGCCCCUCUGGAUCAUGGCCCCUGAUGGCCAGACCUUCUGGUUUACUAUCGGCACUAAUAAUGCACUCAAGAGUGUUGCUGCCCAAGGUCAAGAACUAGCAAUGAUGACCUACCAUGGAAGCUCAGGACUGCUGGCAACAAAGAGCAAUGAAGAUGGAUGGACCACUUUCUAUGAGUAUGACAGUUACGGGCGACUGACGAACGUGACCUACCCCACAGGCAGGGUGAGCAGUUACCGCACAGAUGCUGACAAUGCAGUGCGUGUGCAGGCUGAAGGCUCCAACAAAGAAGACAUCAUCGUCACAACCAACCUCUCGGCCUCCGGAACCUUCUACACGCUCAUGCAAGAACAAGUAAAGAACAGUUACUACAUUGGGCUGGAUGGCUCUCUGCGGUUGGUUCUGGCUAAUGGCAUGGAGGUGUCCCUGCAUACAGAACCCCAUCUACUCUCAGGCACGGUCAACCCAACAGUCAGCAAGAGGAACGUCACGCUGCCCAUAGACAAUGGCCUCAACUUGGUGGAGUGGAGGCAGCGGAAAGAGCAAGCCAGGGGACAAGUGACUGUAUACGGACGCAGACUGAGGGUUCAUAACAGAAACCUACUGUCCAUGGACUUUGACCGCAUCACCCGAACAGAGAAAGUAUAUGACGACCACAGGAAGUUUACUCUGAGGAUUCAUUAUGACCUUGCAGGCAGACCCACCCUAUGGGCUCCAAGUAGCCGACUGAAUGGGGUCAACGUCACAUACUCCCCUGGUGGGCAUGUGGCUGGCAUCCAAAGGGGCACCAUGUCCGUCCGAAUGGAAUACGAUCAGAACGGAAGAAUCACUUCUCAGAUAUUUGCAGAUGGCAAGUCAUGGAGCUACACUUACCUUGAGAAGUCCAUGGUGCUGUUGCUGUACAGCCAGCGACAGUACAUCUUUGAGUUUGACAAGAACGACCGUCUCUCGUCUGUCACUAUGCCCAACGUGGCCCGUCAGACCCUAGAGACUACCCGCUCGAUUGGUUACUAUAGAAACACAUACAGGCCUCCUGAGGGCAAUGCCACUGUGCUGCAGGAUUACACUGAAGAUGGCCUGCUUCUGCAGACGAUUCACCAAGGCACGGGACGUAGGAUCAUCUAUAAGUACGGCAAGCUCUCCCGUCUGCUUGAGAUUCUGUACGACACCACACGUGUCGCUUUCUCGUAUGAUGAGGCCGCAGGCAUGCUGAAGACAGUCAGUCUACAGAGUGAGGGUUUCACCUGCACCAUCCGGUACCGGCAGAUCGGCCCACUCAUUGACCGACAGAUCUUCCGUUUCAGUGAGGAAGGCAUGGUCAAUGCCCGAUUUGACUACAACUAUGACAACAGUUUCCGAGUCACCAGCAUGCAGGCUGUCAUUAAUGAGACACCAUUGCCCAUUGAUCUGUACCGCUAUGAUGACGUGUCCGGUAAAACAGAGCAGUUUGGCAAGUUUGGAGUCAUCUACUACGACAUCAACCAGAUCAUUACAACAGCUGUCAUGACCCACACCAAACACUUUGAUGCCUACGGGCGAGUGAAAGAGGUACAGUACGAGAUUUUCCGCUCGUUGAUGUACUGGAUGAUGGUGCAGUAUGACAACAUGGGCCGAGUGGUAGCCAAGGAGCUAAAGGUAGGGCCUUAUGCCAACACCACACGGUACACGUAUGAGUACGAUGCUGAUGGCCAGCUCCAAGUGGUGUCCAUCAAUGACAAGCCCUUGUGGCGCUACAGCUAUGACCUGAAUGGUAACCUGCACCUCCUGAGUCCAGGCAACAGUGCCCGCCUCACUCCGCUACGUUAUGACAUACGGGACCGCAUCACACGACUUGGAGAUGUCCAGUACAGGUUAGAUGAAGAUGGGUUCCUCAGGCAAAGAGGCAAUGACUUUUUUGAGUACAACUCAGCUGGCCUGCUGGUCAGAGCCUACAGUAAGGUUGGCGGAUGGAGCAUAAAGUACCGUUACGAUGGUCUGGGCCGCAGAGUAUCCAGCAGGAGCAGCCAAGGUCACCAUCUACAGUUCUUUUAUGCGGACCUGUCCAGCCCUACAAGAGUCACCCACAUGUACAACCAUUCUAGCUCAGAGAUCACCUCACUCUACUAUGACCUUCAGGGCCACCUCUUCGCCAUGGAACUAAGCAGCGGGGAUGAAUACUAUGUGGCCUGUGAUAACAUUGGCACGCCACUAGCUGUAUUCAGUGGUUCAGGUCUCAUGAUCAAGCAGAUCCUUCACACGGCCUUUGGAGAGGUCUACCUGGACUCAAACCCAAGCUUUCAACUGGUGGUGGGCUACCAGGGUGGCCUCUAUGAACCCCUCACAAAGCUGGUGCACAUGGGCCGCAGGGACUACGACGUCUUGGCCGGCCGCUGGACCACACCCGACCAUGACGUCUGGAAGCAGCUGAACAACAACAACAUUGUGCCCUUUAACCUCUACAUGUUCAAGAACAAUAACCCUCUGAGCAACACACAAGAGACCAAGUGCUACAUGACAGAUGUGAAUAGCUGGUUGGUGACAUUUGGCUUUCAGCUGUAUAAUGUCAUCCCUGGAUAUCGCAAACCAGUCACAGAUGCCAUGGAGCCAUCAUAUGAGCUUAUUCACACCCAGGUGAAGACACAAGAGUGGGACAGCACCAAGUCUGUACUCGGCGUCCAGUGCGAGGUCCAGAGACAGCUCAAGUCCUUCGUCCGGCUGGAGCGCUUUGACCAGAUCUACAGAGCAAGUGGUGCCGGCUGCCAGCAGUUACCUGGCCACACAUCCUUUGCUUCUGGAAGUUCCAUGUUUGGGAAAGGAGUGAAACUGGCCAUCCGGGAGGGUCGCGUGAGCGCUGACAUAAUCAGCCUGGCCAACGAGGAUGACCGGCGGCUGGCCGCCGUUUUAGACCAGGCCAUUUACCUGCAGGACCUUCACUUCACCAUUGCUGGCAUUGACACACACUACUUUGUUAAACUAGGGCCAGUAGAGGGCGACCUGGCACUUUUAGGCAUGACGGUGGGCCGCCGGACACUGGAGACGGGUGUGAAUGUGUCAGUCUCGCAGGUCAACGCUGUGCUGGGCGGCCGGACACGGCGCAUCACAGAUGUGCGGCUGCAGCACGGCACACUGAGCCUGAAUGUGCGCUACGGCAGCAGCAUGGAGGAGGAAAAGGUCCGGGUGCUGGAGCUGGCCAGGCAGAGGGUGGUGGACGCGGCCUGGACCCGAGAGCGGCUCAGGCUUCGGCAGGGUGAGGAUGGCACCCGCACAUGGACAGACGGAGAGAGGCAGCAGCUUCUGGCCUCAGGCCGAGUACAGGGCUACGAGGGUUACUACAUCGUUUCCGUGGACCAGUUCCCUGAGCUGGCUGACAGCGUUAGCAACGUCCACUUUCUGCGACAGAGCGAAAUGGGCCGCAGGUGACAUGACGGUGCCACUUGGACUCAGCAUCCGGGACUUCUCGCCAAAGACAAGUUGCUUACGUGACCACUUUGUUUAAUUUUAGGUUAUUUCAUUUGUUUAUUUCCUUAAAAUGUGUCUUGACUUUUUUUCA